GGAGACCUCUCUGGUUCUGGAGACCAGGUUACCUCUGGAGACCUCUCUGGUUCUGGAGAACAAGUUACAUCAGGAGACCUUGCUGGUAGCGGGAGUGCCAGUGGAGUAUCUGGUCUUGGUAGCGCAGAUGCUUCUGGAUCAGGUCUUAGUGGAGGAGAAUCUGGGAUCACCAUUGUUUUCUCAGGCUUUGACAGUUUGGGCUCUGGAGAGGGCUCCGUUUCAGGAGGACUCCCAGAAGCUGGAGAGGGGAGAACAGAAAUUCUGAACUUGCCUUCGUCUGAAGUGGGCUCUGGUGUGCUCAGUGGCAGCGGGGGCUUGUCUGGAUCUGAUUCUGGAAUCGGGUUCAGCUCUGGGGAUAGUGUACAAUUCUCUGGUUUCAUUACCAGUCAGGACUUUUCUGGGUUUAGCGGUUUCCCAUCAGGAUUGUCCUCUGGAAGUGUGAGUGGACACUCAGGAGAGCUUUCAGGAAGUGGAGACACUCAAAUCUUACUGAUUGAUGGUGAACUGAUUGAUGGAUCCACUCCGAUUACCCACAAGGAGCAUGAACUUAGUGGGGACCUGCUGUUCAGUGGCUCUGGAGACAUUUCAGGUUCUGGGAUUCUCAGUGGCGAUCACAGCGGCUCUGCUUCAGGAAGUGACUCAGGGUUCUUCUCAGGCGUGACCUUGGUGGGGUCAGGGUUCACUGAGCUUUCAGUGGCAUCCUCUGGAGAGCAGGAAGCCUCUGGGUUUUUACUCUACAGCUCUGGACAGGGAAGUGGUGGACACUUGUCUGAAUUUGGUAGCUCAAGUUUCAUCUCUGGGUUCACAUCAGGAUUGUCUGGAUCAGGAUUGUCUGGAUCAGGAUUGUCUGGAUCAGGAUUGUCUGGAUCAGGAUUGUCUGGAUCAGACUCCUCUACCAGUGGAGAAGGCAGUGUCACAUUUGUGUCUGGGGAUAUUCUGACAGAGGUAUCUGGAGCUGCUCUGUCUCUGGAGCUGGGACAGGGCUCUGCAGU